CGCGACACACGCCGUCGUCUUAAGACCUCACCGAGCGGUUCGGUUCGUCUUAAACCCCAACUCUAACCAUGGGUCGCAUGCACACGCCCGGCAAGGGCAUGAGCGGAAGCGCGCUUCCGUUCAAGCGCUCCGCCCCGAGCUGGCUGAAGAUCACGUCCCAGGAGAUCACGGACAUCAUCGCGAAGAUGGCGAAGAAGGGGAUGACGCCGUCGCAGAUCGGCGUCCUCCUCCGCGAUAACCACGGCGUCGCGCAGGUCUCCUCGGUCACGAACUCCAAGAUCCUGAGGAUCCUCAAGGGCCAAGGCCUCGCGCCGACGCUCCCCGAGGACCUGUACUGCCUCAUCAAAAAGGCUGUCUCCGUGCGCAAGCACAUGGAGCGCAACAGGAAGGACAUGGACUCGAAGUUCCGCCUGAUUCUCAUCGAGUCCCGCAUCCACAGGCUCGCGCGGUACUACAAGCUCGCGAAGAAGCUCGCGCCGAACUGGAAGUACGACUCCGCGACCGCGUCCACUCUCGUCGCCUAAGCGAGGCGACGCGUGCCAUUUUUUCGUCUUCGAUUUUAAUGGCUGGAAGAGGGUGAAUAGGGUUUGGCGGCGGCGACUCUCGGUCCGGCGCGGCCGGGUCUCGCCGCGAACGGGGGGUGAUGAACGCGCGGGCGUUCUUCAUCGCGGUGGUGUUGAGGUGGUGGUUUCUCGCGCGCGAUCGGCGAAUGGUGGGCGCUCGCGUCGCGUCGGAAGACGCGGCGAGGGCGGGAGGGCCUCUUUUUGAGGUGGAAAAAGCGCUCCGCGUGAAGAAGAUGGCACGGCGUGACUUCGCGCGGGCGGCUCGAGAGCGAGUCGACGCGCGCGGGCGUAGGAAACGUUUCAAUAUCAUCGCGACGAAGCAUCGCGCUUCAUCGUUUU